AUGAACGGUGGAGAUGAUCCUACCCGCCGCUACAUGGACGGUGGGGAUGAUCCUACCCGCCGCUACAUGGACGGUGGGGAUGAUUCGAGCCGCCGCUACACGGUGGACGAGGCGCUCUCCGCCGUGGGAUUCGGCGCGUUUCAUUGGCUGUUGCUGGGAUAUGCCGGCCUGGCGUGGGCGGCAGAGGCCAUGGAGCUGCUGCUGCUGUCCUUCAUUGCCGCCCCCGCUGCCGCCCACUGGGGCGUGGGCGGCGACGGCGAGGCGGCGCUGUCGUCUGUAGUGUUUGGGGGCAUGCUCGUGGGCGCAUUCGCGUGGGGACUGCUGGCGGACAGCCGCGGGCGCAGUGCAGCAGAGCUGCCCGGGCUGCUGCUCUCCGCGUUUAUAGUGGAUCGAGUGGGUCGACGCACCACCAUCGCUGCCAUGCUUGCUGCUGCCGCCCUCGCCCUCCUCCCCCUCCUCCUCCACUCCCUCCUCCCGGGUUUGUCAGUUCUCGCACUUGCCGCCCGGCCGGCUGCCACUGUAGCGGCGCUGUUUGUUGCCCGGGCGGCGAUCAUGGGGUCGUUUCAGACACUGUUCAUGUUCGCUCCAGAGCUCAAUGCCACGUCCGUCCGAUCUUCUGGCCUGGGAUUUGCCAGCUCGUUCUCCCGCUUGGGUGGCAUCGUUUGUCCUUACGUGGCAGUCACUCUGGUGCAGGGCUGCCAGCUGUCCACAGCGCUGUCCCUCUUUGUAGCAGUCCCGCUAACAGCAGCAAUAGCCACCACGUUUUUCCCAGUGGAAACCGCAAGAAGGGCGCUUAUAGAGGUGCAUGUUGAGGACGGGGAAUAUGGUGGGCAGAAUGACCGAGAAAUUAGUCGAAACCAAGGUGUUGUGAAAGAGGAAUUGCGCAGCUUAUGA